AUUGAUUUGUAGGCCCAUGGAACAAAGCCCAGUAAGCAACCUCUUUCCUUUUGAACUGACAGCAAUGGCUCUCUGACUUCAUCACCGGCACUCGUCGUCCACCAUUACAGUCGAACCUAAAGUCCGAUUCCGUGCAGUUUUCAGAACCAGUGGCGUUGGCCAUUGAUGCAAGAGGGCUUAUGUAAGAAUUAAGCGAAAAAAAUUGUCAAAUCAAAUAAAGAUGAGUAAUGUGCCGAAAGAAGCGAUAGAAGUUGUAGCACAGAGCAUCGGCAUUUCCAAUUUGGCCCCCGAUGUCGCCCUUGCUCUUACCCCGGAUGUUGAGUACCGGGUCCGAGAGAUCAUGCAGGAGGCAAUUAAAUGCAUGCGGCAUUCGAGACGGACUAUUCUGACUACAGAUGAUGUGGAUAGUGCACUUAAAUUAAGAAACGUGGACCCAAUAUAUGGGUUUGCCUCUGGAGAUCCUUUGAGAUUCAAGAGAGCUGCUGGACAUAAGGAUUUGUUCUACAUUGAUGACAAGGAUGUGGAAUUUAAAGAUGUCAUUGAAGCACCUUUACCAAGGGCACCUCUUGAUGUAUCAAUUACUGCUCACUGGCUGGCAAUUGAAGGUGUUCAACCUGCAAUUCCAGAAAAUGCUUCUGUUGAAGCACUUGCAGCGUACUCUGAUGUCAAAAAAUCUGAAUACAAGGAAGAUGGACUUCCUGUAGAGAUUAAAUUGCCUGUUAAGCAUGUAUUGUCAAGGGAACUUCAGCUUUACUUUGAGAAGAUUACCGAGCUUACUCGCAGGUCUAGUUCCACCCUCUUCAAAGAAGCAUUAGUGAGCUUGGCAACAGAUUCCGGACUCCAUGCGUUGGUUCCAUACUUCACAUGCUUUGUUGCUGAUGAGGUUACACGGAAUUUGAAUAAUUUCCCUCUGCUAUUUGCUUUGAUGCGUCUUGUCCGGAGCCUUCUUCAAAAUCCUCAUAUACAUAUUGAACCUUAUCUACAACAAUUGAUGCCAUCUGUUAUUACCUGCCUUGUUGCAAAAAGAUUAGGGAAUAGAUACACUGACAAUCACUGGGAACUUAGAAACUUUACAGCAAACCUGGUGUCUUCAAUUUGCAAAAGAUUUGGGCAUGUUUAUCACAAUCUUCAACCACGUUUGACAAGGACUCUGCUUCAUGCUUUCUUGGAUCCAACAAAAGCAUUAUCUCAGCAUUAUGGUGCAAUUCAAGGGAUAGCAGCUCUUGGUCCCACUGUGGUUCGUCUACUCAUACUUCCAAAUCUUGAUUCGUAUAUGCAACUUCUUGAGCCAGAAAUGAUAAUUGAGAAGCAAAAGAAUGAGAUAAAGAGGCAAGAAGCUUGGCGUGUCUAUGGGGCUUUGCUGAAUGCUGCUGGCCAAUGUAUGCAUGAUCGGCUCAAGCUGUUCCAUAGUCUGUUGUCUCCUCCAGCUCAUGCUGUUUGGAAAAGGAAUGGAAAGGUUGCAACAACAAUGACAAAUAAACGCAAAGCAAGCACAGACAACAUGAUGCAACAACCACCACUAAAAAAACUAGCUACUGAUGGUGCGGUGGGAGCAAUGCCAAUGAACUCCAUGCAAGUUGACAUGCAAGGAGCUGCAGGUGGAUUCUCCACAUCUGUAUCGAUGUCCCACCAGUUACCAAAGGAACACAUGUUGGGAAGGGAGGUCAGUGGGAAAACGGUAAAGGGGUCAACAGUUCUUGCUCAGGCGUGGAAGGAGGAGACAAACGCAGGACAUCUAAUGGCAUCAUUGUUCGAAUAUUUUGGUGAAAGCGUGUUGUCCUUUACACCCAAACCAGAGUUGUCUUUCUUCUUGUGAUUAAUUUGUUGUCGUUGGUAUUUAUUGUUCUUAAGAAUGUGAAUCAUUUGUUUAACUCCGAUUCUCGUGUUGUAGUUAAAGAGUCCUGUAGGUUAUCCAUUUGUAUGCAUACAAAAGUUAUUCGGGUAUCUGAGGCCCUAAAUAAUAGACAGAUUAUGCUUACAUAA